AUGGCGGCGGCGGCCUCAGGCCCGCCUUCCUGGGCGAGGCUCAUCCCGCGCCUGUCGCUCGGGGAGUCGCACGACAUGAUCGUGCUCCUCCUCGCCACCACCGUCGUGGUGCCGCUGAUGAAGAGGAUGAAGACCUCCCCGAUCAUAGGUUUCCUGCUCAUCGGCUUACUGUUAGGUCCAUCAGGGAUCCACCAGAUUCAGAAUGUGGAGUUGGCCGAAGUCAUCGCCGAAUUCGGGAUCAUAUUCUUCCUUUUCGAGAUGGGGCUGGAGUUGUCGAUCAAGAAGGUCUUGAACAUGAAGGCGGACGUGUUCGGAAUCGGCACAGCGACGUAUCUUCUCACCUUCGGGUCGGUGGCGCUGCUGGCCAAAGGCAUCAUGCCGAGUGCGAGCGCCGGCACCCUGGUGGUCCUCGGCGGGGCGCUGGCGCUCUCCUCGUCGGCCUUCGCGCUGCAGCUCCUGAGGGACAACGGGCAGCUCGGCACCCGGUACGGGCGCUCCACCUUCGGCGCGCUCCUCUUCCAGGACCUGGCCGUGGUCCCGCUGCUCGUCGUGGUGCCCCUCCUGGCCCCCGGCGCCGGCGGGGCAAGCCUGGCGGUGGCCUUGCUGCAGGCCUGCGGCAAGGCGGUCGCCGCGCUGGGCGUGAUCGUGGUGGGCGGCCACGUCCUCCUGAGGCGCGCCUUCGCGUGGGCGAAGAGGUCGAGGUCGCAGGAGGCCUUCCUCGCGGUGACGCUCGGGGUGGUCCUCUUGUGCUCCGCGAUCACCGAGUCGCUGGGGCUGUCCAACACCUUGGGCGCCUUCGUCGGGGGUGUGCUGGUGGCCGAGACGGACUACAAGUACCAGGUCGAGGCCGACAUCGCGCCCUUCCGCGGACUGCUGUUGGGCCUCUUCUUCGUGACGGUCGGUUUCUCCCUGGACUGCCGCCUGCUCAUCGCGUCGUGGGCGCAGGUGGUGCCCUUGCUCCUCGGGCUGCUGGCGCUCAAGGGCGCCAUCACCGGGCUCGUUUGCCGCGGCCUAGGCGGCCUGUCGCGGGCCUCGGCCCUGCAGGUGGCCGCCCUGCUCGCGCCCGGGGGCGAGUUCGCGUUCGUGGCGUUCGGGCUGGCCGAGCGGCUCCAGCUGCUGCAGCCCAGGGUGGCGAGCCUGCUGGUGACGACCACCGUGCUUUCCAUGGGGCUCACGCCCGUCCUCGCAGGCCUGGCCGAUAGCACGGCGGAGAGGAUGCGCCGGAACAGGGACCCCGAGUACUUCAAAGGCACCGACAAGUUCCAGAAGGACGUGCAGAAGAUCAGCGCGGCCAACCAGAAGGGCUUCGUGGUGCUGUGCGGCUGGAACGCGGUCAGCCGCGCCGUGUGCGAGCUGCUCGACAGCGAGGGCAGCUACCAGUACAUCGUCUUCGAGAGCGAGCCCAGCAUCGCCAGCAGGGCGCGCGCGACUGGCCUCCCGGUGUUCCUGGCCGACUGCAGGCGCCGCGAGGUACUGGAAAACUUCAACGUCGAAAAAGCCGCGCUGGUCGUGAUCGUGGCGCCGAGGCGCGAGGCCGACGCGUACGCCGCCGCCUUCCGGCGCUUCUACCCAGGGCUGCCCAUCGUGUGCCGCGCCGAGGACGAAAAGCACAAGCGGUACCUGCAGGACAUCUUGAAGGUCUCCGCCGUGAUCCCCCGGCUGAUCUCCGUCCGCUUCGGCGGCUUCGUGCUGAGGAGCCUGGGCAGGCCCCAGGCGGAGAUCGAGAGCCUCAUCGAGGAGCAGCGGCGGCGGGCGAUGCGGGACCUGUCCGAGCAGGCCAGCGAGCAGGGCAUGCUGGACGGCAGCGAGGGCGUUGACAUGCUGGACCAGGCCGUGGGAGGCGCCCUGCCGGACCCGGGGGGCGCGCUGAAGAUCCCGGGCCUGCCGGAGGCCGCCGAGGACGACGCCGAGCUGGGCGGCGCAGGCCCUCGCCCUGACGCGGGGGGGUCCGCGGACGCGGGUGCUGGCGGCGCAGACGGCAGCGGCUGA